AAAUUCGUUGGCGUCUUAUUUGAAUUUUAGGAAAAUAUAGUGAAAUUAUAUAAAAAAUAAUAUACGGUAUUAUUAAAGUGUAUAUUUAGAACUGUUGUAGAGGUUUUGUUCUAUUUGAUUUGGCUUGUGUUAAAAGAAUCUAGCAGACUUCAAAAGAUUGUUUAAACUUCAAAACUAUGUCCGAAUUCUGCACGCCAGUGAAACCGAAAGCUAAAAUAGAAGAUGGUGAGAAAAUAUCCAUCCCUCCAUCACCAUUCCUACAUCGGUUGGGAUAUGGCACAGGAGUGUCUGUUAUGCAGCUGGUGCGGUCACCCAAGGCGGGGCAAAUCCGCUCCCCGUGGGCUUUGAAAAUGUUGAACAAGCGGGUCAAACCGAAUAAGGUGUACACAGACCGUCUCCAAGCUGAGGCAGAGCUGCUGCAGCGCAUGUCCCACCCCAACAUCGUCGGUUUCCGAGCUUUCGGGAAGAACAAAAUACUGUACCUGGGCAUGGAAGCCUGUGACUUGUCUCUAGGAGACAUGAUCGAGAAGAAGGUGGAAGAGAAUUGCGACCCUUUUACUGUAAAACAGAUGUUAAAGGUGGCCAUGGACAUUGGCAAAGCACUGGACUACCUUCACACAAAGAUGCAGAUUCUACAUGGAGACAUGAAGUCAUACAAUGUGCUGGUGAAUGGAGACUUCCAGAUAUGCAAGUUGUGUGACUUCGGAGUCACCCUGCCAUUGGAUGAAAAUGGAAUAUUUGACAAGGAAAAUGCAAAAAAUGUCUUGUACUAUGGUACCGAGGCAUGGAGUGCACCUGAAGUUAUCAACGGUGGAGUGAUCUCCAAUAAGACUGACGUGUGGUCCCUCGGCCUCACCAUCUGGGAGAUGAUGGCGCUCAUGCCCCCGCACUCACAGACCGAUGACACCCUCGACUACACUAUAGACAGCGAGGCAGAUGAGAGCAUGCUACAAGAUCAUGUCUUUGAAAGAUAUGGCACCCGUCCGGACGUGCCGGCCAACAUAGCCGAGCAGGAGUACGCGGGUCCGCUGGCUCUGUUCUGGUGCUGCACGGAGACCGCGCCCGCCGCGAGACCCACCGCGCAACACCUCGCAGCCGCCGCCGAAGAUAUGUACACCGUGUUCUUGUAAUAUGAUUACUGUUGGAUAGUGGCCAUAGCUAGAUAAAAUCUACUGCAAGUAUUUUGGACAUAAUAUUAUUAAAAAGCAGUGGUACUCAACCUCUUUUUUUAUACGGACCACAAACAUGUUUGGUCCUGAUGUCCCGGCCUACCAAAAAAAAUUAGUAUAAAAAAAAAGUUUUUGAAAAUUAGCGAUUAAAAAGUGGAAAAAAUUUUACGACUUUUCCGACUCAACAUUUUGCGGUUGAGCUUGAAUUUCAAAACGGUUUUACUUCACGUGGGCCACUGGAAAAGUCUCGGCGGACUACAGGUUAAUUAUAGCUGGUCUGAAGUAUUGAAGCUCAGGC